ACUCGACAAUCUAGAUCCCUCCAUCAUAUCCCUUCAGCAUAUCCCGACGCGAUGCACACGCCGGCCUGAGUCACCAGCAAGUUUGACGUCAAGCUCCAGACCCGGCCGCAGGUCAGCGCUGGCGGCGGCAAGCCCGGUCAAAGUGUUUGCAUUUUCCGGGCUAAUGUCCCAGUAAACCCCGCCAUGCCGCUUCUGCUGCUUGUCUCGUGGGUUGACUGAGCAGCUUGCGGGUGUGGGGGAGAGCCCACCAUCAUCGUGUUGCGGACCGCCUUUGCGUUUCCAAUCCCCCCUUUUCACUGAUCGGGAUUCCUCUUUAGGCAUCUCAAAUAUUUUGUCGGUCGCCCUGCGUCCUCCAGAGUCCGACUCAAUCGCAUCACGGCGGGCGACCAAGGUUCCCCAUCGCGAGGCCCCAGGGAACCUAACCAGGGAGCGGUGGAGGGAGAGUGGCAGGCCCCGCCGGCCUCGGGUUACUUUUCACACUCCGGCCGCCAACAUGCCAGUUUCUUGCCACACCUCCCGCGUCCAAAGAGCGCUAGGGCUCAAGGGUGUGAGCCGUAUUACAAAUACGGCAUGGGGCUUGGCGAUGGCCUCCCCAGGGGGGAUCGGUGGGCCUUUGGGAGGGUCCCGCGAGUAGGUACCACGGCAGCACGAUCAAGUAUGUAUCAUUUCCUGUCAUAAUCACCCAGCCAGCUAGGUCGCUAGGCUCCAUCCGCCGCCGCCGCCAUUCACCAUGUUGGUCCGUCGGUUGUUUGUCGGCUUCCCUACUCCGUACGCACGACUAGCGCGGUGUUCCGGAGCCAGACAUCCUGGCCCGUCAACGUUAUUCAGUUGACGUGAUCGCCGCCCUUUCGCUGCCUGUUUUUGCUUCCACGUCUUGGCGGUGGAUCUGGGCCUUGACUCUUUCCGUUAUCUCCGAGUCUGGGUAAUAAAAUCAGCACGCAGGGGGGUCCACAAGCCCGUUAUUAUGUCCCUGCCCUUCCCGUACUAAUACACAUACAUGUUCCCCCAUCACAGACUGCCGGGCCCGUCUUCCUUGUGUUGUUGGUCACGGCCUUACCUCUAUUACCUUCCUUUAACCCCAGAGAGUGAGGUUAUUGGGACCUGCUCGACUGCUCGACUGUUUCCUCGAGGCCAGUAUCGAAACGAACCAGGGCCAUCGCCAACGCCCGCGUCUUGCAGCCUUACAGCGUCGUCGACAAGCCCCAUCCGUCAUUGCCCUGCGCUUUCCCUCCGCAAACCCGGGGCGUGGGCCCGCACUUGACUUUUUUUGUUAUUUAAAUCCCUGGUAUACCCCCUCAUAUCUCGUUGCCGUCUCUGUCGCCCACAACCGACUAUCAAUAGCCGACCCUUAGGAGUAGCCGUGACUAGCCGCAUCCUCCUGCUGUCAUGGCCGAUCACUCCAAGGAAGAGGAGAAGGGGAAGGAGGUGGCUACAACGCAAACAUCUUCGGCGUACUCGAUCCCCUCCUCAUCAACCACGAACGUUGAGGAGAUGCGCGAGGAAGCGCGGCGCAACAACCCGAAUGGCACAUCCAACGUUGAGUCAGGGGUCUCCGUUGCACAGGCCGAAGCCGACUUUGCCGACCUGCAGCGCGAACUCACGGGUCUGUCGAGGGCCAGCCGCGUCAAGAGCCGAUCGUCCCAGCACCAGAACGAUGCUGAGAAGAGCGCGGGAGAUCUUGAGAAGUCCUCGUCGUCGGAGAGCGAGAGGUUUGACCUGGAGUCAUACUUGCGUAGCGGCAUCGCUGCCCAGCGCGAGGCUGGCAUCCGCCCCAAGCACAUUGGCGUGUACUGGAACGACUUCACUGUCAAGGGCAUGGGUGGUAUGUCCAACUUUGUCCAGACCUUCCCCGAUGUCGUCGUCGACUUCUUCAACGUGUGGUCGCCCAUCAAGAACAUGCUCGGGUUGAACGCCAAGGGCACCGAGGUCACCCUCCUUGACAACUUCCGCGGCGUCUGCAAGCCGGGUGAGAUGGUGCUGGUGCUGGGAAAGCCGGGGUCUGGGUGCACCACGUUCCUCAAAACCAUCACCAACCAGCGUUACGGCUACACCAACGUCACCGGAGAUGUGCGCUACGGCCCCUUCACCGACGAGGAGUUCAAGGUGUAUCGCCAAGAGGCUGUGUACAACCAGGAGGACGACAUUCACCAUGCGACCCUCACGGUUGAGCAAACGCUCGGGUUCGCGCUCGACACUAAGAUUCCGGCCAAGUUGCCUGCCGGCAUCACCAGGGCUCAGUUCAAGGAGAACGUCAUCACGAUGCUGCUCAAGAUGUUCAACAUUGAGCACACGCGCAACACCGUCGUCGGUGGUGCCCUUGUGCGCGGUGUUUCUGGUGGUGAGAGGAAGCGCGUGUCGGUCGCAGAGAUGAUGAUCACCGAGGCCUCGAUCCUGUCUUGGGAUAACAGUACUCGUGGUCUUGACGCUAGCACCGCCCUCGACUUUAUCAAGUCUCUUCGUGUCCAGACUAACCUGUACAAGACGGCAACGUUCGUAUCGCUGUACCAGGCUUCUGAGAACAUCUACAAUCUCUUUGACAAGGUGCUCGUUAUCGACUCUGGGAAGCAGGUCUACUUCGGCCCGGCCACCGAGGCCCGAGCCUACUUUGAAGGACUCGGCUUCGCCGCCCGGCCGCGCCAGACCACCCCCGACUAUGUGACUGGCUGCACUGACGAGUACGAAAGGGGCUACGCCGAAGGUUACUCGGCUGAAAACGCUCCCCACAGCCCUGGCACCCUCGCCGAGGCUUUCAAGAACUCCGAGAUUUCGAAGCGCCUAGACCAGGAGAUGAACGCUUACAACGAGUCACUCAAGGUUGAGACGGAAAAGCACGAGGACUUCAAAAUUGCCGUCAAGGAGAGCAAGCGCACUGGAGCCGAGAAGACUGUCUACUCGGUUGGCUUCCACCAGCAGGUGUGGGCCCUAAUGAAGCGACAGACAGUGCUCAAGCUGCAGGACCGCCUGGCGCUCUUCCUGUCAUGGUUCCGCACCAUCAUCGUCGCUAUCGUCCUCGGAACUCUGUAUCUCAACCUCGGUCAAACGUCGGCGUCCGCCUUCAGCAAGGGAGGUCUGAUGUUCAUCUCUCUGCUCUUCAACGCGUUCGAGGCCUUUGCCGAGCUCGGUUCGACCAUGAUGGGCCGCGGCAUCGUCAACAAGCACAAGGCCUAUGCUUUUCACCGUCCCAGCGCACUAUGGAUCGGACAGAUCUUUGUCGAUCAAGCGUUUGGCGCGCCCCGCAUCCUCGUCUUCUCCGUCAUCGUCUACUUCAUGACCAAUCUCGUCAAGGAUGCCGGCGCCUUCUUCAUGUUCUAUCUGUUCAUUCUCUGGGGCAACGUCGCCAUGACACUCUUCUUCAGGAUCAUCGGCUGCGUCUCGAUCGACUACGACUACGCCGUCAAGUUCGCCGUCGUCACCAUCACACUGCUCAUCACCACGUCGGGCUACCUGAUCCAGUACCAGUCUCAGCAGGUGUGGCUGCGUUGGAUCUACUACAUCAACCCACUCGGCCUCAUGUUCGGCUCCAUGAUGGAGAAUGAGUUCAACCGCAUAGACAUGACGUGCACAGCCGAAAGUCUGGUCCCGUCGGGACCUGGCUUCUCGGACGUGGCACACCAGGUUUGCACCCUGCCUGGAUCGAAGCCAGGCUCUCUCGGCGUCUCGGGCUCCGACUACAUCCGCACUAGCUUUUCGUACAACCCAGAGGACAUUUGGCGCAACUUCGGCAUCGUGGCGGGACUGAUCGCCUUCUUCCUCGUCAUGAACGUGGUCCUCGGCGAGCUCGUCGACUUUGGCAUGGGUGGGAACGCAGCCCGUGUCUACCAGAAGCCCAACGAGGAGAGGAAUGCGCUGAACGAGAAGCUCUCGGCCAACCUUGAGGCGAAACGCGCGGCCAGGGGCGCCGUGGAGGACCAGGAGGCUCUCUCGAUCAACUCCACCAGCGUGCUCACAUGGGAGAACCUGACUUACGAUGUGCCGGUCCCUGGCGGAACUCGCAGGCUGCUCAAUGACGUUUUCGGCUACGUUCGCCCCGGCCAGCUCACUGCACUGAUGGGGGCCUCGGGAGCCGGCAAGACGACGCUUCUGGACGUCCUCGCGGCGCGCAAGAACAUUGGUGUUAUCGGCGGCGACAUCCUCGUGGACGGUGUCAAGCCAGGCAAGCAGUUUCAGCGGUCUACAUCAUACGCGGAGCAGAUCGACAUGCAUGACCCGUCGCAGACUGUCCGCGAGGCCCUGCGUUUCUCGGCCGACCUGAGGCAGCCGUUCGAGACUCCGCAGGAGGAAAAGUACAGCUACGUCGAGGACAUCAUUGCGCUCCUGGAGCUGGAGGACCUGGCCGACGCCAUCAUUGGCGUUCCCGAAUUCGGACUGACGGUUGAGCAGCGCAAGCGUGUGACUAUCGGAGUCGAGCUGGCCGCCAAGCCCGAGCUUCUUCUCUUCCUGGAUGAGCCGACCUCGGGGCUGGACAGCCAGAGCGCCUUCAACAUCGUCCGCUUCCUGAAGAAGCUGGCCAACGCUGGCCAGGCCAUCCUCUGCACCAUCCACCAGCCCAACUCUGCCCUGUUCGAGAACUUCGAUCGUCUGCUGCUCCUCCAGCGUGGCGGCCGCUGCGUCUACUUUGGCGAUAUUGGAAAUGACGCAUCUGUGCUCCGCGGCUACCUGAAGCGUCACGGCGCCGAGGCCAAGCCGACGGACAACGUGGCCGAGUACAUGCUGGAGGCUCUUGGAGCCGGUAGUGCCCCUCGUGUUGGGUCGCGCGACUGGGCCGACAUCUGGGAGGACUCUGCCGAACUGGCCAACGUCAAGGACACCAUCUCGCAGCUGAAGCAGGAGCGGCAGCAAGCACUGGCGAGCGGCAACGGUGGCAAGGCCGACCUCGAGCGCGAGUACGCGUCGCCCUUCUUACACCAGCUCAAGGUCGUCAUCAGCCGCAGCAACAUUUCGCUCUGGCGGUCGCCCAACUACCUCUUCACCCGCCUCUUCAACCACGUCGUCAUCGCUCUCCUGACAGGCCUCACGUUCCUGCAGCUCGACGAGUCACGCUCGUCGCUGCAGUACAAGGUCUUCGUCAUGUUCCAGGUUACGGUGCUUCCGGCGCUCGUCAUCAGCCAGAUCGAGGCCAUGUUCCAUGUCAAGCGCGCCAUCUUCUUCCGCGAGUCGUCGUCCAAGAUGUACAAUCAGUACACCUUCGCGGCGGCCCAGCUCGUGUCCGAGAUCCCCUACUCGAUCCUGUGCGCCGUCGGCUUCUUCCUGCCGCUCUACUACAUGCCGGGCUUCCAGGUCGAGAGCUCCCGCGCGGGCUACCAGUUCCUCAUGGUGUUCAUCACCGAGAUCUUCUCCAUCACGCUCGGCCAGGCGCUGGCGGCCCUAACGCCGUCAACCUUCAUCUCGAGCCAGUUCGACCCCUUCCUCAUGAUCACCUUCUCGCUCUUCUGCGGUGUCACCAUCCCGUCCACCCAGAUGCCCGAGGGCUACCGCUGGCUGUACCAGCUCGACCCCUUCACGCGCCUCAUUGGCGGCACCGUCACCACGGCCCUGCACGAGCUGCCCGUCAUCUGCCAGCCCUGGGAGCUUAACUCGUUCACCCCGCCCAACGGCACCUCGUGCGGCGACUACAUGGCGCCCUUCUUCAGCGCUAGCGGCAAGGGCUACAUCGUCGACAGCAGCUCCACUUCGCGUUGCGACUACUGCGCCUUCCGGGUCGGCGACCAGUUCUACGUCCCGCUCGGCUUCGACUUUCUCAACAGGUGGCGCGAUCUCGGCAUCUUCAUCGCCUUUGUGGGCAGCAACAUCAUCAUUCUGUUCAUGGCCAGCCGCUUCUUGAAUUUCAACAAGAGGUAGACUGCCCAUGAGCACUCUCCUCCCGCCACGCAUCUUAUCUCGUCUACUAUCUAAUAGGCAUUUCGUUUCCCACGCCGUCAGCACAUUCGCGUGCCGGUUAAUCCCUUCCCCCCAUAGACUUACGACCCGUCGUUUCCAUUUUGCAUCAUCUGCGUUAGACAAAACUACUCGCCGUUGCUAUUCAUUUCCUUGGGUAUGAGGCACAAUGCCAGAAAAUGUGGUCUGGGCCUUUUGUGCCCAUUCUUGUCCGCAAGCCAUCAGUAUGUUUGCAUCUCUCACUGCAUCUUCUCCUGCAUCCUGGGCAUAGGCCCCUUCUUCAUGUUUUCCAUAUACGCAUGUAUUUAUAGCCUACACGCGUCUACACACGUAGAUACAGAUAAAUGAAAGCAUCUAGCCUUUUGUUUACUGCCACUGUGGUCCCAUCCAAGACUUUGCU